AUGAGGCAGGCGAACGGUACUCCGAACGGGCACGCGAAUGGGCAUGUGAAAAGCAAUGCGGCGAUGAGAAGAGGAGGGCAGAGGAGGGGCGAAGGAGAGGCAGGGACCGACAUUACUCGGUGGAGAAUGAAAGACGAUCGCGGGACACAAACAUGGCAUUAUCUAGAGAGCGAUGAGGAAGUCAAGGCGUGGCCACAGAGCACGGCGGAUAAGUGGUACUUGGGCAUGGAUACGGAACUCCCUGAGCUCCCGUCCGCGAACACACCGCUCCAAGCUAUACACAAUGGCCUCGCGUUCUACAAAGAAUUACAACAACCGGUGGGGAACUGGGCGUGCGAAUAUGGAGGUCCAAUGUUUCUCCUUCCAGGCCUCAUAACGACUUGGUACGUUACCGAGACGCCGAUACCGUGGCAUCAUAAGGUGGAGAUGAAGAGGUAUUUGUUUGCUAGGGCGAAUCCUGAGGAUGGAGGAUGGGGCUUGCAUAUCGAGGGUGAGAGUAGCGUGUUUGGCACGGCGAUGAACUACACCGCUUUGCGGCUACUAGGCGUCGAUGCGGAAGAUGCGCGGAUGCAAAAGGCUAGGGCUACACUGUGGAAACUGGGCGGUGCGCUGAAGGCGCCGCAUUGGGCGAAGUUUUGGUUGGCAGUGUUGGGAGUGCUCGAUUGGGAUGUGGUUAAUCCGGUGCCGCCUGAGUUGUGGUUGCUCCCUAAUUGGGUGCCCAUUCACCCCUGGAAAUGGUGGGUACACAUGCGAACCGUUUUCCUCCCCAUGGGCUACAUCUACUCCCAGCGGUGGUCAUACCCUCUGAAUGAUCUUACGAAAUCAUUACGAUCCGAACUUCUUGUCCAGCCCUACGAAUCUAUUACCUUCAUCCGCCACCGCAACGACAUCUCCCCAGUGGACAACUACCACCCCAAAAGUCUCGCCUUGCGCCUCCUUUUCUGGUUCCUGGUCCACAUUUGGUUUCCCUACCUGCGACCCGCCUCGCUAAAGAAGAAAGCAGAGGAUCACGCGUGGUGGAUCAUCCAGCGCGAAGAUGAAAACUCAGACUUUGCCAAUCUCGGCCCUGUCAACGGACCGAUGAACACGCUUGUCUCGUACAUACGUUAUGGCCGGGACUCAGUCCCCUUCCAGCGGCAUCUCGAGACACUCCCAGAGUUCUUAUGGAUGAAAGACGAGGGCAUGCUCAUGAACGGCACGAACGGCGUGCAAUGUUGGGAUACAGCGUUCACGGUCCAAGCCGUCAAACACUGCGGCCUCAUCCAAGACCCGCAAUACCACGACAUGCUCCACCGCUCGCUAGAGUUCCUUGAAGACCAACAAAUGCCCGAAGAAUGCCGCGACCAGCACCAUAUUUACCGCCAAUCCCGAAAAGGUGCAUGGGGUUUCUCGAACCGACGGCAGGGCUACACAGUCUCUGACUGCACGUCCGAAGGCCUCAAAGCCGUACUAAUCCUGCAAACACUUCCCGAGUUCGAGUCCCUCAUCCCAGACACCCGACUCCACGACGCAAUCGACAUCCUUCUGACUAUGCAAAACAAGAGCGGCGGCUGCGCCUCCUAUGAACCCACUCGCGGCUCCGAGUACCUCGAGUUGCUCAACGCCGCAGAGGUCUUCGGUCGCAUCAUGAUCGAGUACGACUACACGGAAUGCACGACCGCCGUGAUCACCGCCCUGCAUAUGUUCCAGAAAUACGACUCUGUGUACCGCGCAGACGAGAUCAAAGCGUUCAAAGCCCGGGCUAUCGACUACAUUCGCGCUGCACAAUUACCUGAUGGAUCAUGGUACGGCGCGUGGGGCAUCUGCUUCACAUACGCAGGCAUGUUCGCUCUAGAGUCUCUCGCGUGCGCUGGAGAAACAUACGCGAAUUCCGAGCGUGUCCGCCGCGGAUGUAAAUUCUUCCUGGAUCAUCAAAUGGAAGACGGUGGGUGGGGCGAGACCUAUCGCAGCUGCGAGACGGGCGUGUGGUGCAAUCACGCGGAGUCGCAAGUCGUACAAACGGCAUGGGUCGUUAUCGCUAUGUGCCAUGCGGAGUAUCCUGAAAAGGAGCCGUUGAAGAAGGCACUGGAGAUGAUUGUCAGGAGGCAAAGGAGAAACGGGGAGUGGGUGCAGGAGGCGAUUGAGGGGGUGUUUAAUAAAAGCUGCAUGAUAUCCUAUCCGAACUAUAAGUUCAUUUUCCCGAUUAUGGCGCUGGGAAUGUAUCGAGAGAGAUUUGGAGAUGAGGCACUGUUUUGA